ACACACACACACACGCACGCACACACAUACGCGCUCGCACACACACCCGCCCAACCCCCCAGAAGCCUCGGGAUUGCAGCUGUUUCAUGUGGGGCAGCAGUGCUGGCAGGGACGCCGGCCGGGAGCGGCCGGGAGCGGGAGCCCGGCGUGCGCGCGCGGCUGGAGGCUCGCUGGGGCUCCGCGCCCCGCGGGAGCUAUUGUUGGUCUCGUUGGAGCUGAGCGCAGAGCCGGGACCGGAUCCUUCCUGGGCGCCCACUUCGGGCUGUUGGAGCCGAGGACCCGCGCCGCCGAGAGCGAGAGGAGCCGCCGGCGCGGUGCCUCGCCUCCCUCCUCCCUGCUUCCCCGGCGGCGGCAGUCUGCAGCCACGAUGGAAACACUGAGACUCAGAGAGGGCUGGUGAUCUCUGCGGCACUCGGGCAGCAGAAAGGAUCGAGCCCCGUCCUCGAGGAUCCGAUGGCCCACGGACACUGCUGACUCUUCAGGACAUGCGGACAUGGAGCCAGACCGCUCAGCCCUGAGUGAGGCAAGGACCCUGUUCGUGGAUGUGGAGGAGUGUGGGCCAGAGGCCAUGGACGUGAAGGAGAGGAAGCCAUACCGCUCGCUGACCCGGCGCCGGGACACUGAGCGCCGCUACACCAGCUCGUCCGCAGACAGCGAGGAGGGCAAGGCCCCACAGAAGUCCUACAGCUCCAGCGAGACCCUGAAGGCCUAUGACCAGGACGCCCGCCUUGCUUACGGCAGCCGCAUCAAGGACAUGGUGCCGCAGGAGGCCGAGGAGUUUUGCCGCACAGGAGCCAACUUCUCCCUUCGUGAGCUGGGGCUGGGCGAGGUGACACCGCCUCAUGGGACCCUGUACCGCACAGACAUCGGCCUCCCCCACUGCGGCUACUCCAUGGGCGCCAGCUCUGAUGCCGACAUGGAGGCCGACACUGUGCUGUCCCCUGAGCACCCCGUGCGACUGUGGGGCCGGAGCACACGGUCGGGCCGCAGCUCUUGCCUGUCCAGCCGGGCCAACUCCAACCUCACGCUCACCGACACGGAGCAUGAGAACACCGAGACCGGGUAGGAGGAACUUCUUGCAAACAGACAACCAAAGGGCAAUUGGGGACCAAUGAGAAAUGAUCUGGAGGAACCUGACUCCUCA